GUCAGGAGGUGUGGGUAAAAACAUGCACACAUUUCCUGCUGCAUAAUUAGACUUCGACUGAGCCUUCAGUGACACUCGCUGUCAGCAUGUCUGCUGUCUGCCUCUUCAUUCUCAUCCUUUGUCUCUAUGGCACAGCUAGGACUGCUGCAGGUAAGGUUGAGACAGAUGGUCAUGGAGUGGUACGGAUAAAUGUUGGAGAGCAAGUCACCAUCCAGUGCAGAAGUGCUUCUAAUCAGGAUAUGCUGUAUUUGAAGAAAGGCCUCAAUGAGGAGGAGGACAUUUAUUUCACAGAUUCAUAUAAAUCUACUAUUAACCAAAAAUUUACUGACAGACUUCAAUUUCAUGGGAAAUUACCCAAUGUGGAUAUUCUCAUCAAAAACUUGACCCUGAACGAUACAGGACCGUACUGGUGCGUGUACAAAAUGACCGACAAGAACUAUGAGCUCAAAGCCACAAAAGGCAGUGGGUCUGUGCUGCUGGUGGUGACAGAAAACAGACUUUCACCUACGGUGCCUCAGUGUGACCAAUCACAGGGUGACCUGCCCCUGAUCCUGGCCUCUGUGGUGAUCUGUGCUGGUGUGCUGAUUGUCAUCCUCGUGGCCUCUCUCAUCUGUAUCAUCAUCAAGAACAAACGCAACAAAGCAAGAAGAAGAUGAGACCAUUUAAACUCUGCACCAGAGUGCUGAAGAUCAAGCUUUGUGGUAACUCAGUCUAUUUUCACUCCUCAGGUCUUCUAUGUGUCUCAGUGAAAGAUGGGUAACAGUGAAUGAGAAUAUAAAACGGUACAACAAAAGAACAACUGGCACUGACGCUGCAGAUUAUUUAGAAAUGCUUUGUAUGAAAAUAGAUAAUAUAACUCCAUCACAGUUAAGCUCAAAUAUUGGGUUUUGGUUUUUCUUACAUUGUACUGACAUGAACAUGUUUAAAUUCAUGUCACUUUUCCUGUUUGAUUUUCAUGUUUUUUACAUAUAAAUGAUUGUGGAGGAUUAAUUUUGUAAAUCAGUGGUUUUCAGACUGUGGCCUGGGUCCUUCUGUUGGGCUCAGAGCAACUGUGAGUGGGGAAAUAAUGAGGGGAAACUAUGUAAGUUGAAUAAUUGUGGAAAAUAAACGUUUAA